AACAGAAAUAAAGAGACAAAAAUGUAUACAACUAUUUUUGACACCGUAAAAGUUCCAUUUUUACCUUUGAAUUGUAAAACAGUUAUUCCCAGUAAUAAUCUAGCGUGUCAUGGCAUUGGUUUACUCUACCCUAUUUAUUAUACAGAGGACGAGGUGGUGGUCAUUGAACACCUUCCGGGUCGUCGGGUACAUCUGCAAGAUUUCUUCUGGACUGGAGCUGAUGAUGCGCCCCCAUGGUUGAACCCGGACCAGACACUGACACUGUAUGAACCUCGCACGGUCCACCAUACCGCAACUGUUUAUCUCCCUGCCGACGGAAAAGGCGAAGACGAUGAUCAAGGCUGUGCAAACUGCAUUGACCCGAUGCCAACUCUCUCCGAUGUCGAUCAGGACAUCGGAAUACUCAUCGGGGACGAUCCAGGACCACGAUACUGGCUACUAACGGUCUUACGAGCUGGCGAGACUGUUCCACCAAGAGUAGAGCUUCGUCUGGCCAGACUUUACAAAGCUGCAUUUUCACGCCAGCAAAAACAGCACCUUGGGAUAUUGUCUCAUUCAGCCCGUUUGCGGAGAGCUGCAUGGAGAAUAACAGGACGUGACAAUCGGCAAAAACGCGAUGGCCAACGAGCAAUUAGCAAAACUGAGUCCCAGGUCAAGGCGUCCAUGUCGCCCGAGUCACUGCUCGAAUCCGGCCAAACGGUAACAAAAAAUAUCGAUCCUGCGCCGGAAACUGUCAAAGUGAAGCAGAUGCGAGCGGUGAAGAUUCCUAGAAGGGAUUCGGUGAUACUCGAUACUGACAACGAGUCCGACUACCUUGAUGUGGCAAAAGAUCGUCACGACCCUCAACAGUUGGCGGACAAAAUACCGAUAGUAAGCAACUUGGCUCGGCCUGUCAGUCACGACGCAACCGUUCUUCCGUCCGGAGAACAAGACCCUAUAAACAAUUCAACACUUUCUCAUUUCCUAAAUACUUCUACAAUUCAUACCCGGCAUGAGCAAACUUCAAGAUCGCAAGAAAUAAAUUUCGAGAAAGAUGCUAACUCCUCGGAGCCUUUCGAGGCUACCCAAGCAAAAUUACGUAACUUGGAAGUGGGUAAGGUUCAAGUGAUGAUGCAGAAUAUGAGCUUGACCGAGGACGGUGCGACCAGACUUAUUUACUCGGUACAUCUUGGCGGUGAACCUGUGCCGGCAGCUAGCGCUGCUCGCGACAUGGCUUUGCUUUCUGAGCAAGAAGUCGCCCUCGAAUUAGGCGCUCCGGUCAUCAUACAAAGCGAACCUUAUCUCAAGGAGACGCGACCGCUAGCUUUGUCACGUCGGAGAGAUGCCUGGGUUCUGAUUGGCGCCGCAGCGGCUGCUCUGAUGAUUCUUAUAGUAGUUUUCAUCGGGCUUAUCUUUUUGGCGAAAAGAAAAAGGGCACAGAGCGCGGUGGCGGCACCUCCACCUGAGAGCAUAUUGAAGCGUCAGACCGAUUACGUUUCGGACACAACCGGACUCGACAAUACUGGUUACACUUCAGAAACUGAGCAACGGACCGAAGGCACCAGUCAAAGGCUCAGCGCCGGUAGUCGGCACGGAUCGCCUCUGACCCCGGGGACUCCUGAAAGUGUGGUCGCCGACAUACACCAGGAUCUUACCGACGAGGAAGAAGAAGAAGUAGAGGAACUCAAGGCGAGGUCGUUGACUCCUUGGGGGGGUCAAGAGUAUGCGGCGGUUCUAAAGAGACAGAGACCUGGUCGUCGAAGAGUCACUCAGACGAAUGCAGUCGAUCAUCCUCGGACACCGGACUCUAUGGACGUCGCCGAUGCCCUGACAACACUCGAGAACGGACACAUUCCUCAAAAAAGCAACCCCAAAGAGGACCUCACCACUUCACCGCACUCAUACUUGUCAAUGCCAUCGUGCAAACAAUUUCCGCGAAUACGCAGCGUCGAACCUUUGUCAAGAGUCCUCGAGCCUGUUGUGGUGAGGCACUUGGACAUGGAGUUCGAUUCUCCGGAAAUGCAAAGAAAGAACGACGACUUUGAAAGGGGGGACAACGAGACGUAUUUAAUAAGGUCUUCAAGCGUAAUGAACGACCCUGGAGUGGUUGGCCCUAUAGUUUGGGACCUACGGCGGCAAAAAGCAAUGGAAGGUUUCCCAUGCUCGCAGAAACAACUUGUUCCGAGACGGAUAUGGAGCAACGGAUUCCAACGAUUACGGGUCCCGUGGGUCGCGCCAGGAGACGUCUCCACGAACUCCUCGAGGACUCGUUCACUCUCUUCGGUAACAGGGAAGCCAAGCCAAAAGAUUCGGCCCCCCACAGGCCUCCAUCGCGUCUCCCGUCACCGGAGUACAUCAAAAUGCCAUCAGAAAACAGGGGAAAGUCUGCCACUGUCAGCCCGGUUGCAACUCCUGCAUCCGAGACGAAAACGAGGCCCAGAACAUCUCUGCCGCGUAGGGGGCUGGAAGUCGACAUCCCCGAGACAGGAGUAUCGGGGCCUCAUCCUCGUGGGGCCUGGGGGUCGAGACCCCUCAGUGCCGGACCGUUUCACAGGCCCAACUUACCAGAAGUAGAUACUGUCCGAGUUUUGGCUGACUCCAGAUUACCACCGGAGGAUCCGGCGAUGCCUCUGAUAGCGGCGAUAAAAAAAGAACUGGAAAAAUUCGCCCCGAAUUCACACUGAUGUUCAUCUUCAUUAUUUAUAACUCGUCUGAAUUAAUCAUCUAAUCACAUCGUACGUCAAAUGUAGACCGUAGAGUUUAGUUAACUAUAUAUAAUUCUGUGUUAAGUCGUUCUUCGCAAAUUUACUUAUAUUGUUUGUUAAUUACUAUUUGUUGUUGUUGUUGUUGUUAUUAUCAUUAUUAUUACGUCUCUGUUUACCGUAGUUAUAGUUAUAAUUGCGAGUUUACGGAGAUUUUAGUAUCACUGUAAAUACUCAAUUCAUGAAUCGAUAUUCUAUGCUUACGGCAGUUGAUAUUUUACCACAGUUUUCGGUCAUUUUCCGUUAGGAAUUUAGAGAUGUGCUUGAUUCUUCAGUCACACUGGUGCAGCUUUGUUCAGUUUGAAAAACAGAAGAGUUCAUGGUUCGAGUUAAUUUGUACGUACGUAUAAUUUUACGGAUCAUUUAAGUGUAACAUCAUAAUAAUUCGAUAGCUAUAUUAUUAUAUACAAAU